AUGCAAAAUGCUGGAUUUGAGCCUGACAAAGUGACUUAUAGCAUUGUGAUGGAGGUGCUUGGACACUGUGGAUAUCUCGAGGAAGCAGAGGCUGUUUUCACCGAGAUGCAGCAGAAGAACUGGAUUCCGGAUGAGCCAGUUUAUGGUCUUUUGGUGGAUUUGUGGGGAAAAGCUGGUAAUGUGGAAAAGGCAUGGCAAUGGUAUCAGGCAAUGCUUCAUGCUGGUCUGCUACCUAAUGUUCCUACAUGCAAUUCCCUUCUUAGUACUUUCCUUAGGGUUAACAAGAUAGCUGAAGCUUAUGAGUUAUUACAAAACAUGCUGGGGCUUGGUCUACGCCCAUCUUUGCAGACAUACACGUUACUCUUGAGUUCUUGCACAGAUGGUCGGUCAAAACUCGACAUGGGUUUCUGUGGCCAGCUGAUGGCAAACACGGGUCAUCCGGCACACAUGUUUCUCCUCAAAAUGCCAGCUGCAGGUCCGGAUGGCCAAAACGUGCGCAACCAUGCGAACAACUUCCUGAAUCUGAUGCACAGCGAGGACAGAGAGAGCAAGCGAGGACUUGUGGACGCGGUGGUUGACUUUCUA